GGCCAAGUACCCACCAGGGCCUUUAUCCCAAGCCAGCCACGCGCGCGCUCACUUCCUCACUCCCAGCAUCACCUAUGCGGGCGCGUCGCCCCCUGAGCUCCAACGCCAAGCCCCAGACGGACAGCAUCUAGCUAGCCUGUCCCCCGCCGGGCGCCAUGAGCGCCGGUGACACGCUCGACAAGCUCGUGGUGUUCCUCGCGAAGCGCGAUGGCAUCGACAAGCUGGUCAAGACGUUCCAGUACGUGUCCAAGCUGGCGCACUGGGGCGCCGAGUCGUCCCGCCCGGAGGUCGCCAGGCGCGCCAAGAGCUGGGAGACGGCGUCCGGGCUGAGCCGCAAGGCGUUCCGGUCGGGCCGCUUCCUGACCGGCUUCAACAAUCUGCGCCGCGCCCCGCCGGGGGAGUUCGGCGCGCUCGCCGUGCUCGCCAACGCCGGCGAGAUGGUCUACUUCUUCUUCGACCACUUCACGUGGCUGUCCCGCGCGGGCGUCCUCGAGCCCUGGGUGGCGCGGCGUUCCAGCUUCAUCUCGGCGUUCGGCGAGUCCGUCGGCUACGUGUUCUUCAUCGCCAUGGACCUCAUCAUGAUCAGGCGGGGGCUGAGGCAGGAGCGGAGGCUGCUGAGGGAGGGUGGCGGCGGCGGGAAGGACGCUGGCAGGGAGAAGGAGCUGCGCAGGAUACGGAUGGACAGGGUGAUGCGGCUCAUGGCGACGGCCGCCAACGCCGCCGACCUCAUCAUCUGCAUCGCGGAGGUCGAGCCCAACCCGUUCUGCGACCACGCCGUCACGCUGGGGAUCAGCGGGCUCGUCUCCGCGUGGGCCGGCUGGUACAGAGUCUGGCCGUCGUAGACGCUGGGGAUCAGCGGGCUCGUCUCCGCGGGGACUGGCUGGUACAGAAGAAACUGGCCGUCGUAGAAUGGGCCGGUUCGACCCAUGAUCGUAUUCGUCCCUCCUCCCUUUCUAUCCGCAUGAUGAUUUUGCCAGGAUUUGCAUUGUCCAUUUGGCGAAGCAAGGCGUAACUCAUGCUUCAUGAAUACCACCAUGUAAUACUGCGAUCCAGAAUCGAAAAUAAAUACUGAACAUAGCGUCAAUAGUGCAUUCGGUACAGCCCCAUGAACUAUUAGUAUGUGUUGGAGCUUCGGAUUUUGAAAUGGAUUCGCCCAACGCCA